AUGUCCAACCUUUUCCCCAUUAUCCUGGCGCUGGCCGCCACAGCGUCUGCAGCAGCAAUCCUCCCACGUGGCUACUCCAAUUCCACCACCAAUACAACAGUCGGACAUGCAUACUCUCUGGUAGCAGAGUACUCUGGUACCAACUUCUUUGACCACUUCACAGCCUUUUCCGGCUCCGAUCCAACAGAAGGUCACGUCCAAUACCAGACCCUCGAAGCUGCAGCAGAACAGGGCCUCAUCGGCUACGUCUUUAACUCCACCUCCAACACCAACAAUGCAUACAUCGGAGUCGACUCCCAAAACGUCGCCCCGAACGGUCGCAACGCAGUCCGGUUGACAAGCAAAGACACAUUCAACGCAAGCUCUAUGGCCGUCAUCGAUGUCAUACAUGCCCCGUCGCAAUACGGAGCCUGGCCAGCCAUCUGGCUCCUCGGAUCCCAGGGUACUUGGCCUGCAUCCGGCGAAAGCGACAUUCUCGAAUUCGUGCACCAGACGAAUUACAAUGCCAUGACCUUACACACUUCGCCGGACUGUGUCGUCGAUAACGUCACCACGUCUGCUCAACAGGGCCAACUCCUCAAUUCCAAUUGCAAUGCCGGUAAUGCCGGGACGGGAUGUAGUAAGAAAAGCACCACCGCCCAAACCUUUAGCACCGCCGGCUCCGCCUUCAACAGCCAGACCGGUGGCGUCUACGUCCACGACUGGCAACCCGACGGCAUCACCGUCUGGAUGUUCCCCCGCGAACACCUCCCCGCAGAUUUAGUCGCAGGCUCCCCCAACCCUUCCAGCUGGACCCAAACCCCUCUCGCACGCUUCACAGGCGCGGGUUGCAAAUUCGACCGCGCCCUCCAGGAAAUGCAACUCAUCAUCAACAUCACCUUUUGUGGCACCUGGGCCGGCAAAGUGUGGGAGAGUAGUGGAGCGAAGAAAGCGACGGGUGUCGAGACGUGUGAGCAGUAUGUGGCGAACCACCCGGAGAAGUUUGCGGAUACGCAUUGGGAGCUGGGUAGUGUCAAGUUUUUUUCGAGUACGGGGGAGAAACCGGGUGUGGGACCGUUGUUUUCGUAG